UUUUCAAAUCGAGAGACCACGUCUGAAUCUUCAAAACAAAUGGAGCCUUAGACUAUUUACUUUAAAAAAUGGUAUAGAGUGUCCCUUUACUAAAUUGAUUGCAUACUCUCUCAACUCUAUCCUCCACAUAAUACUCCAAUACAAAAGAAUACCAGUCAAUCACAUAUCAAAGCAAGCAAGCAAACAUCAAACUGAACAACUUAACCCUUAAGCAAUUCAGUUUUAAAACGGAGGAAUUGACCCUUUAAACAAAAUCACUUCAAAAAAUUGAAAAGGCAGAAACAGUAAAGUGGAAAGUGGAAACACACAAUGGAGAAACAGAAAGAUGAACAAGUUAGUGAGAUGAGUACUUGUACUUGUCUGUGGAUGUUACCUGAGGUUUGUAUAGCUGAUAUCUUAGCCUUAACGAGUCCGCCGAACGUUUGCAGCCUUUCAUUAGUCUCAAAAUCUCUCAAAUCUGCAGCUGAUUCCGAUUCCGUUUGGGCGAAAUUCCUGCCCUCCGAUUAUCGGUCUAUUAUUGCCAGUUCAUCGACUCCGAUCCCUGAAUUCCCAUCACUCAAGCAGCUCUUUGUUUACCUCUCGCAUAAUCACAUCUUAAUUGACGAAGGUCGCAAGAGUUUCUCACUCGAUAAAUGGACUGGAAAGAAAUGCUACUUCUUAAGUGCAAGGGAUCUUAAUAUUACAUGGGGUGAUACACCAGAAUAUUGGGGAUGGACUUCACUACCAGAGUCCAGGUUUCCGGAGGUGGCUCGACUCGAAGUUAUACGGUGGCUUGAAAUUUGGGGCACAAUUAGAGCUGGGAUUCUGUCACCCUUGACAUCCUACACAGCGUUCUUCGUUUACAAGUUGGAAGAAGAUUCUUACGGGUUUGAUACUCGAUACAUGGAGGUUUCAGUUGGAAUUUCUGGUGUUGAAUCCGAAAUGCGGGUUGCUUAUUUGCAUCCGGAACCUCUAUAUGUACCAGAGUAUUUAUACGAGUCACCUUAUACUCCGCCCUCCCCUUAUCAGCCUUACGUAAGGUUGGAGACUCCUUGGCCGGAUGAAUCAGACAAUUUAACAUUUCCUGAACUUAGAGAUGAUGGCUGGUUUGAGUUAGAAUUGGGUGAGUAUUAUACUGGAAAUGAAGAUGAUUGCAUAGAGUUGAGAAUGCAAGAUGUGAAGACUGGUUGUACAAAACGAGGCCUUAUUGUUGAAGGAAUUGAGAUAAGGCCAAGUAGUAUGUAAUUGUUAGGUUUAUACCAAGAACAACCCAUUGCAUUUUUCAACUAAACUCUUUGUUUAAAAUGAAAAAAGUUAGGUGGGAUGGUGACCUCUUAGAGGUCGUUUGGUAGAGUGUACAAUUAAUAGUACCGGAUAAAAUGUAUUAGUAAUGUUGCCAAUAGUUAUAUUAUAAUUAAUUAUUGUACACAAUUUGGUUUGGUGUAUUAAAGAUAGUUUUUUCUUUAACCAUACUUAUUCAUGUAUUAAUAAAUAAUAACUCUUGUGUUGUUGAUA